AUGCCAGCAAGAAAGGCCAAGAAGAAGAGACUCAUUGAGCCGCUCGAUAUUCGAAGCCAGGCUUCACCUUUGGGGCAGUUUUGGCAGCCGCUGUUUGAAUUGCCGGUAACUUUUCCUCGGAUCUACUUUGACGUCGCAAUGGGGAACGUGAUUCGCAAUCCAAACGUGAACUCUACAGUGCUGAUGCGGGCAGAUAUUUACCAGGAAAUGGUCAACGACACAAUUCAUUAUUCCAAGACCAGAAAAGUUGAUCUGGCUGAUAACUGGUUAACUCACAACCUCUCCGAUACUGAACCAAGACUGUAUACUAUACCAGGUUACCAUGUGAGUUCAUAUGUGGUACGGCGAAACGUUCCUCGCAACCCUUCCAGGGACUCAGUAACCAAUCAGACUUGCGCGUUGUACACCGAUCUUACUGACAGCGAUCGGCUGGUGGUUUAUGUUGCCCAUUUACUUACUCCCGACGCUUGUCCUUUUUAUUUGCCUCUGGCAAGAGCAGUCGCUUUGCUCUAUCAUGUUGACCACCGGGGCGCUACCUGUUCUGUUCACUAUAUGCUCUACGAAAAUACUCCGCCAUUGCUGGCUCGAGAUGCUAAUGAUCGUUUGAUUCGGGUCGGGUUGCACCUGCUCAACACAUGUGUAAAACACUCCAUGGGCAGCCAAAGUGGCUAUACAAAACGUGUAAGCCAUGAUCAAGUGGUGGACCGUAUUGAAUUCCAAGACAGGUAUAUCGCCCUCAAGCACAAAUACUCUGCAUCUUUGAUGGCCAACUGGGUCGAGAAAACGGAUCCGACUAAACACAUUUUUGAGGACUUGGGUAUUGCUGCUUUUCUUAUCCAGCUAUGGGGCUCAAUGUACAAAUCACCUUCAGAUUUUGAGUUUGUCGAUCUGGGCUGCGGGAACGGCCUGCUUGUGCACAUAUUGGUUUCUGAGGGCUAUCGGGGCAGAGGAAUUGACGCUCGGAAACGAAAAUCCUGGGAAACGUACCCUAAAAAUGUCCAAGAAUGUUUACACGAGCAACUGGUUGUUCCAGCAGUCCUUAAGAACGAUCUGCCAGAGUUUGACGCCCAAGAUCCAUACUUGCAUUUUGUCGAGGGGGCUUCCGAAAACACCUUUUACGUUGGCAAUCAUUCUGAUGAGCUGACAUUGUGGCUUCCUUUACUCGAUCGCCCGUUUAUUGCCAUUCCUUGUUGCUCGCACAACCUCUCAGGCUCCAAACACCGUUUUGUUACCCCCGGCCAAGCUCAAGUAUCCGAGUAUGCCGCUUUGGUGGAUAAAGUUGCACAGUUGGCCGAAAAGGCUGGCUGGAAAGUUGAACAAGAGAUGCUCCGUAUACCCAGUACUCGCAACGCUGCAAUCAUUGGCCGUAAAAAAUUCGGACCCCCUGCGGACAUCGCAAAGAUCGUUGCGGAUGAAGGUGGUGCCAAGGCCUGGGUGGAGACCACCCGGCAAUUGCGUCAUACAAUAUCAGGACAUUAA